CACAGACAGUAACAGAAAACCCCGAAGAGAGCAGGAGCCGCCGAGAGCUCCUUCAGGGCCUCACACAAAAUCUUUUUUUUUUAUUUAAAAAAAUUCGAUUUUCACGGCGAACCGUGUGACGGAUAAUAUCUGUGCGUGAAUUCAUCUGUACGAAUCAAGAUGAGAUUUACUAUUCUAACGCUGACGGCUGUGCUUUGCCUCGCAUUAGUGAGCUCGCAUCCGCUUCCGGAAGACGGACUCCGAUCAGAGGCCCUCGAUCGGCUGGUGAUGGCCGAAGCCGACAGCGAGGCUGCCCUGAGGAGCAAAAGGACUAUUGGCAUUCUACGACAGCUCUUCCCCGAUAUUUCCCAGGACGUGAACCCAGAAUCAGAGAAUCGAGUGAAUGAGAUCGGAUCGGAAUCACAGAACAACGAGGUGCGAGUGCAAUUCGCGGACGAAGUGCCGAGCGACAGUUCGCCGCAGGAGUUGACGCCAUUAGAUGAAACCGAGACGGAGGAGGAUGAGAAUAGAAACAAGAGAUUCCUCUUUGGUUUCGGCGGCGGUACCGGUGGAAGCGCCGGGUCAGGCAAUUUCCUCUUCGACAUUAUCAGGCAAGCGGCCGACGGGGCGGCAAGAGCGGCGGGCACGGUGUACCGUGUCGUGGCCGGUACACAGAGCCUCGGGCUCGGGCUAAGCGCUUCGCGCGACGUGAGUCCAGCCGCCCCAGCUGCCGCCAACCCCGGUGGUACUGGCACCCCGACGUCCGGCGCACCUUCGACCGCCGCCCCAGGAGCCGGCAUUCUACCACCGCUGGUGGCCGGAAGCGGAAGUAACCAGCUAGGCGGCUCUUCCUCUUCGGACACCCAUGAAGGAAAGUCGGAUGAACACGAGGCCGUACCCGGCCCAGUCACCAGGUUUUUCGUCAUCGCUAAUCGAGGACUCUCGAAUCUCGUCCAGGAUCUCAUACUCCGUCUGGCAGCCACAAGCGAGCGUUUCGUCAACUUCAAGGCGCGACUGAUUACUUCCAUCAUUUAAGAACUCAUUCGAGGACUGAGAUGAGGAAGCACAAGAGGAGCUCCGCCGGCGUUGGUACCACCACGUAGAGGCACCAUCGCCGAGCCACUUUUGCCAGUAGGAACACGGGUACGACGUUGGCAACAGAACCAAUCUUACGGUGUUGCCCCCUUGUCCCUUGAUCCUGAACUCAAUUUCUUCGUCGAUGGCCGUCGAGCUUUUCGCGAAACACAAGACACUUCGCCGCCAAACGCAUUCCCCCAAAGCAAUCGACUCGAUUCCGUUCAACUUCAUUUACUCCCUUGUCUAAUUCUUUUUUAUUUCCAUUCCACUUUCUGCGUUCCUCCCCCUUCCUCCCUUUUCUAUUUCUCUUCCUGCAUUUUUAUUAUUUCCGCCCUUUAGUUAAUUAGAAUAACAAUAAUGAAUAAAGAAAUUUCCGUAAUCGACCGUCGUUUUAGGACGAUCGAAAAUUAAUCGUUACGGCGUAGCUCGUGCCGCCAUAGUACGAUGGAAGCAUAUCGAGAGAGCCGGUGAAACUGUAAAAUCGUUUUAAAUUUGUGAUACGACACGCUCUCCAUUCAGUUCAAAUGAAUAAAUGAUUCAUGCACCAACAGCCACGAAUCGAAAAUUUCUCUGCGCGCUCUCUUGAGUAGCAGAAAGUCAUCCCUUAACUAAAAAUAUUUCAAUUCGCGCUUACGAAGUAAGAAUAAAUAAUCUAUUUUUUUAUUUAAAAGGUAUAUGAUACGAAAAGCUUAUGGUUUUCUAACAGGGAUAAGAUGCGUACUGUUAAAAGAAUCGAAGAACAAAGUCAAACAUUUUUUCUUCGAUUGUUCACCCACGAACAAUACUUUUUGAUUGUAGACCCUAUAAGUAUGAACUGGCAAUAGAAGCAAGAUCAUGUUCGUGCUUCUCUUUGUAAAAGUAUACGGAAGUCCGGAAGUAUAUUUUGCGCAUGUUUGAUAUAUAAUACAUUAGAUAUGUUUCAUUGAGAUUAUCUCUUUCUAUACGAUUUUAGAAAGUUUUGUCUUGCGUAUUUUUUAAUUACCUAUACAUUUUCAAAAAGAACUUUAUUUCGUGUUUGCUUUGCUACAAUAUAUUAUUUUCAAUUCUGAUAUAGUGCUAACGCGCCAUAUGUUUAACAUGCGCAAUGUAUAUUUCCGAAUGCUUUGAAAAAGAGAAACACUUGAAAAGUAUACAUAUAUAUAUAUAUAUUCCUCCGGACACUGUUUCUUAUUGUUAGCAGAAACUAUAGGUAAUUACCAGUCCAUACUUGUAAAGUCUGUGGUUAAAUGAUCAUCGGCAAGCACGAGACAAACAAGAUGCUUAAUUGUACAUAGCUCAUUCCUGAAUACAAUAGUGCCAGGCAUUGUUUCUAUCUAUUUGUGUUUCUCUCUCUCUCUCUCUCUCUUAUUUUUUUCCCUAAUAGCACACUUUAUUCAAGGGACGUUCUGGCGAACAUUCUUAGGACAUAGGGAUAUCCUUUGAAUGUUUUUUGGAGAUCGUCCCUUGGAGAUCUAUGUCAUUAGGGUUCUUAUCCAAUUAUCUUUCAUACCUAUAUAUCUCUCUCCUUCCUGUGAAAAUUGACGUUAAACUUGUGAAAUUUAGACAAUUUAAGUAUAUGCUAAACACCGCUAAUUAAAGGUAAAAUGAAAUUAAAAUUUACCUUGAUAUGUACUUCAAUUGGUACAGUUUGUGGUAGUCUAUCACCGCAGUGAACUAUUGGAGAAAAAGAUUUUCUCUUCUUGGAUUUUUUCGAAUUGAGAAAAUCCAAUAAGCGAUACGAUUUCACAAACGUAAUGUCGUCAGCAUGUUAAACGCGGCGUUUCACGUCCUUGUACCGAGCGUAUUUCUUUAUGUAAAGCAUCCCUGUUGUUUUUGUAGUGCAAAUAAAUAUUAUAAUAAGAAGC